AUGCCAUUAUCUACUUAUACCCAUGAAGUCCAUGAAAAGCGCUCUGUCAUUCCUUCAGGAUGGAAGCAAGGUAAUCGUUUAUCGGAACAUAUUAUUCUUCCCGUGAGAAUUGCUUUAACGCAAAGCAAUAUGGAUAAAAUGAACGAAUACGUCAUGCAAGUCUCUGAUCCUGAUUCAAAAUUAUACGGUCAACAUUGGACUCCCGAACAAGUUCGUUCUACCUUUUCUCCUUCUGAAGAAACACGUAAUUCAGUAUCCGAAUGGCUUGUUGCUUCUGGAAUUUCAUCUCAUCGAUUACAUCAUGAUGUCGGAUCAGGAGGUUGGAUUGCCUUUGAUGCAACAGUUGCAGAAGCAGAAAAGUUGUUCAACACUGAAUACUUUAGCUGGUCUCAUGAUCGUGCUUUGAGUAAAGAUCCAAUCGCUGCCGUUGCUCAAUCAUAUUCUCUGCCUGCCCAUAUUCGUCAACAUAUUGACUUUGUAACACCAACUUUACAUUUCGACGCACGUUUACAUCGUCGUGACAAUGACCGUGAUACAAUUGCACGCACAAGGAUUGACCUUGGUUCGCCUAACGGUCCUUCCGUUCCUAAAAAGUUGGACGUUUAUAAUCCUGCCAACAUUCUCAACGAAUUGGAACAAUGUGAUCAAUAUAUCACUUUGAUCUGUUUGCGUGCUUUAUACGGCGUUCCUGCUUUACCAAGCUUCACACCUACAAACCCAAAGAAUAGCUUCGGAAUCGUUGAAUACACUCCACAAGCCUAUCUCGGCAGCGAUUUGGAUCUCUUCUUUGCCAAUUACUCAAAAGACCAAAAGCAAAAAAGACCUAAUUUGAUCUCUAUCGAUGGAGGUGCAUUGAAUAAUUCAAAUAGAGGUUUCUCAUACAACGGUGAAUCUAACUUGGAUUUGGAAUACGGAAUGUCCCUCGUUAAUCCGAUCCCGGUGACUCUUUACCAAGUAGGUGAUGCAAUCGAAUCCGCUUCUUUCAAUGACUUUUUGGAUGCUUUAGAUGCAAGUUAUUGCGGCGGUGACGAUUCAAGUCAAGACUCUCCCUACCCUGAUCCUCACCCAGGAGGUUACAAAGGGCCAAAAGCAUGCGGAACUGCUCCAACGAGUAAGGUCAUUUCUACUAGUUACGGAUACAACGAAGCCGACUUAACACCAGCUUAUGAAAUCAGACAAUGCAACGAAUAUGCAAAACUUGGCCUCCUCGGAACUACAUGGGUCUACAGCAGUGGAGAUUACGGCGUAGCAGGCAAUUCAGGACAAUGUAUCGAUCCAGCAACUAAUCAAUAUAACAAUGGAACGUCUGGAAAGUUCAACCCUUCAUUCCCUGGCACGUGUCCUUACAUUUUAAGCGUUGGAGCAACUGAAGUCUUACCGGGAAAGACUGUACUACAACCUGAAUCUGCUUGUGAGAAAGUUAUUUACUCUGGAGGUGGUUUCUCAAACGUUUUCCAACAACCAGAUUAUCAAAAGAAUGCCGUUCAAACUUAUUUCAAGAAUUAUAAGCCCACAUAUACAGCAAUGCAGUACAACAACUCCGAAACAACAAGAGGAUACCCGGAUGUCUCGGCAAAUGGUGCCAAUUACAUCGUUACUGUAGCCGGCAAUGUGUCCCGUGUAUAUGGAACAUCUGCUUCUGCACCCGUGACGGCCUCUAUCUUGACAUUGAUCAACGAAGCACGUUUGGAUGCCGGAAAAGGAUCAUUAGGAUUCGUUAAUCCGACAUUUUAUGCUAACCCUUAUCUCUUUAAUGAUAUCACCAAUGGAACCAAUCCUGGUUGUGGCACACAAGGAUUCUCAGCCGUCAAAGGCUGGGAUCCAGUAACAGGCUUGGGUACUCCAAACUACCCUAAAUUGCUGGCCUACUUUUUGGCCCACUGAACAAUCUCAAAAUGGAAUCGCAUAAAUAGCUUUUAUGAAUGGAAUGCAAUGACACUGUCAUGAGGACUGAGUUUGAACAGAUAAUAGCAUGAGGUUAU